AAAGCACAGCCAAAAGACAAAAAAUCAACAUUUGCUCACCUGAUGGAGAAAUCACUCUUCACCCCACCUUGCCUAAUGCAGAUUAUGUUCACAAAAUAAACGGGCGAAAUAGUCAUUUCUUAAAGGUCCCACAAAGUUUUGAUGGAACACACAAUUGUCCAAAGGUGUGAGAUCUUCAUCAUCUUGCAAAACGCGUUGAACCGCUAGACUUGUUUUUUUUUUUUUCCUUCUGUGCGUUUCUGGCACACUUCCGCUUCCAAAGGGAUUUUGAAGAAGAAAAAAUAAAGUGAACAGAAGGGGGACAAACGGUGCCGCAAAAGGGAAACUCACCACAAAAGAGAAAUAUAUGACUUGUUAAGAAAAAAAAAAACCAUAAGUAACAUUACUCCCAAUGGUUUUGUUUGAGUUGCAAGCUGUGCAAUUGUUUCACUAGUUGAGAGACUGGACCAUUUUUCUUUUUAUUCCUCUGAACCUCAUCAUUUCCCCCACGAAACUCUACAUUCUGGAGGGCUUUUAGUGUGCUUUUUAAGUUUUCUUUAUGGACGUUUGUCGUCUACGAUAGCCCCUCAUCUCCACCAGCUAUGGCUCAAAGCAACAGCACCGCAGCCUUUCGGUGCCCAUAUCCUUUUACAACCUUUGUGGGAUCAACAGCGAACCCAGGCUGCUUUGAUUUGCCGGGAGGGAAAUGUUGCUUGCCAUGCCCGAAAGCGGACUACUUUUAUCCUCCUGGGCAACAGGAUUCGAUCAUGACAAUGUACCAAGUCUUUUUCGCCAUCUCGUUCGCCUGUGCCCUCUUCAUCUGCACUACCUACAUCCUCCUGCCGGGACGAAGACGGUAUCAAGGAUUUCUCAUCCUAAUCAACAACAUUGGAUUGGCUCUGUAUACGGGCUCAUCUCUCAUAGCUCUACCCAAUCCCAAAAAGACCGUCCAGUGUGCAGCCGACGGACUGACAGAUGCCAAUUGGGAUAACAACACCAGGUGUGCUGUGCAGGGAACAAUGUUUGUCUUGGGGACGCACAUGUGUCUAUGGGCUGCUCUGGCCAUUAUGAUCAACCUUCAUGUGAAUGUCGUCUGGCGAAGUAAAAUUCUGGAACGCUAUUCAAUCCUCGUUUAUUCUACCAUCAUCUUGAUUUCCGUCGGCCUUGCUGUCAUUCCUGUCAUUCAACGAGACAUUGAAGCUCAACCUGGAUUCCUCUGUGCAGUUUCAGCCGAUGUGGUCAAUCAGAUAUUUUUCUAUCCACAAAGCGUUGCAGUUGGUGGUAUACUACUACUCCACAUUGCCACUGGCUGCUGGAUGUUUGCUGUCAGUCGGCGAGUGUCGGAUGGAAAGAAAAACUGGAAAAAGUGGGUGAGAAAGCAGAUUCGAAUGCAGUGGCGACCGGCAGCGUUUACUGCACUGUCUCAGGCGGCGUGGUUCGCAUUUUUCAUCGUCUACCGCACCAACUAUGACAAGAUCAAAAAUCAUGUCACGAGUGAAACUCCCUGGAUUCGGGCAUGGGUGUUCUGUAUCCUACAAGUGAACUCAACGGAGGGACCGGCAAAGUGCCAAAGCAUUGCAGCACCUUACGUUCCAGGCUUGGGCGGAGCGGCCUUUGGAGUUAGCAUUGGUAUCCUCAUUGGAGUAUUCAAUUCACUCGUUCUUAUAUCUCCUCAAAUUAUGCGGGAGUGGAGGGAAUAUCUGGGAUUCGCGAGACCUAUGUCACGGGCCACAUCGUUGUCCAGUGGUACCGAUUUUGAAAUGUCUGUCAGCGAUGGAAAAGACGGAGCAAAGUCCGGAUCAACCUACCCAGUAACUCGCCAACCAAGCCAAACAGCUCCUAUCGAGGAGGCCGGAAAGCGCACGCGGACAAGCUCAGAAGCCUCGUUCAAUCUAUCUAGUACCGUAGAAUCACGCUCCCCAUCCCCACCCGCUACUCCCACAUCCACGACCCCAAUCAUCAGUAGCAAACGCACACGUCCCGGCGUAGAAUUCGCCGAUACACAUCUGAACCUCCCAUCGUCACGACCCAUUUUGCGUUUAGAUCCCAUAGCUCCCCCACGAGGUGCACCGUCGAUACUAACGGAUAGAUUGCAGUAUCCAGCACCUGUCGAUAUAGAUACCCGUGUAUCUGGGGAUAGCACUGGACCCGGUGGGCGAUAUACCAAACCUGACGGAUGGUGAUAAUUGAUAGAGCGUCUUGUGUAAAUUUUGAAAGCUUGAAUGGACCUGUAGAAUAGAGAGGGAGGGAGGAAGUCGAGCAACAGACUACCAUGUCAGGUUGCGGGCGACUUGAUGUUUGUUUAUCGUUUCUUGUUUUGCUGUAGUUGGUAAUUAGACGUCGUCGACAGUUUUAUGCACAUUACUUGUUUACCAAUAAUAGUGUGUGACUGCAUGUCCAGUAGGAUUGUCCUCCUCAGGCGUGUUGUCUAUUCUGGAUUUAGAUAUAGAAUACAUGAACACAAAUAAGAAAAACUAUACAGUAAA